AUGGCCGUCAGGACAAGUCUAGCAAUGCCAGAAAAGCCUCAAGUGAUGUGGAUCACAUGGCACAGAACAAGUAAGGCUCACCGAGCUCGUGACUUGAGGCGGUCGGUGGUCGGUGUCGGUGUCGAGUCGGUGUCUGCUAUGGUUGAUCGGUCGUGUGCUCACCCGGUGUGGGCAGGCUGGGUGGUGGCCGGACAGUUGUCGGAUCCGACUGGCUGGGGUGUGAUAGCCACAACUGCUGCGCAGCAGGGCAACCACCCAAGCUCGGCAUCCCACUCGCACCCGCUCCGGCUGACCCUCAUCGCUGACGAACACUUCACUCGUAAUCUUCCCUCCGAACGUGAAGGCCACACACAACCGACCACCAUGAAGCUCAACAUCGCCAACCCAGCCACCGGUCAACAAAAGAGUAUCGAGAUCGAUGACGAGCGCAGGACCCGAAUCUUCUACGAAAAACGGAUGGGACAGGAUGUUGAGGCUGAUGCCCUCGGAGAUGAGUUUAAGGGAUACACUUUCAGGAUCUCGGGAGGAAACGACAAGCAGGGUUUCCCCAUGAAGCAAGGUGUCCUGACACCCAAGCGUGUUCGCCUUUUGCUCGGCGAAGGCCACUCUUGUUUCCGUGCCCGUCGGGUUGGUGAGCGCAAACGUAAAUCCGUCCGCGGAUGCAUCGUCGCCUCCGACAUCGCCGCUUUGUCUCUCAUUGUAAUCAAGCAAGGCGACAACGACAUCCCCGGAUUGACCGACACCGUCCUCCCCCGCCGUCUCGGUCCUAAGCGGGCCACCAAGAUCCGCCGAUUCUUCAACCUGACCAAGGAAGAUGACGUCCGCAAAUUUGUCGUUCGCCGUGAAGUCAAGAGCGCCAAGAACCCGGACGCCAAGCCUUACACCAAGGCCCCCAAGAUCCAGCGAUUGGUUACUCCGAUCCGUCUUCAACGCCGAAGACAUCUCCGAUCUUUGAACCGUCGUCGCAAUGAGGCCCAGAAAGUUCAAAUCGCUGAGUACAAGGAGGUUGUGGCCAAGCGCCAAGCUGAGCGCAAAGCCAAACUGGCAGCUGUCAAGUCGCGAAAACACGCGGCCGCCGUUGCCCAACAUUAA